AUGGCGGAAAAGAAGCCUUCGAAAACAAAUUUGUUGGAUGAUCUAAAGCAAGACAAGGCAGAAAGCCCUCUCGACUUUCUAUGUAAGUAAUUUAUCUUCUUAGCUGAAUUACUGUAGCUGUGCAGAUUGUGAGAUGCAAAUAGCUUGUUGCUAAGCAAACUCUUGUCACAAAAGCUGCACAAAAGACAAGGGGUAAACAAACCUCACAAUUGCAGUUCUUGCAGAGACAUUCAGUUUAAAGUAAAAGUCUUCUACAUCUUAUCUUUAUACUAGAUUCGUCAUCUAGAGGAACCUUAAUGUCAUUCAUUUCUUUAUAGCUCGCACUGGUGUCACAAGUGACAUUAAAGAUGCUAUAACUCUUGUCAUUGAAAACAGACCUGAAGAUCCCAUCUCUUUCCUUGCUGAAUUGUAAGUACUGCUCUGGGUAGUCAAAGGGUGUGGCAUGGGGUGUAUGUUUAGGGGGGAGGGGACAGUUUCCAUCUUUGUACUUCCUGUUUCUGCCAGUCCCAAAGUCGUAGAGAGAGUUGGCUGUACCAUAAGAGAUAAGGUAGAUUGUCCACAAGCUGUUAUAAUAUAUAAUCUAGGGUGCCAAGCAUAAAACUUUGGGCAAUUCACCCAUUGGCAAAAGCAGGUCACCAGUAGCUACCAUGUGCUUUCAGAGAAUAGCCAGGAAUAGGGUGUUAAUUUUGGGCUUAGGGGCCCUUUGAAAGGGAAUCUGUAAACUGUACAAAUACUGACUCAUAUAUUUUUUUUUUGGCUAUACUUGAAGUUUUGAUUGCCAUGCAAGUACUACUACAGCAUUAAUGAAAGCACACCAGAAGCUUCUAUUGGCUCACCAUUCAAGACCAUCAUUCCAAAAUAACCUUCUCCUUGCCUACAACAUCCUUCACAAACAGAAAAGUAAGCAUUAUAAUCUAAAUGAUGCUACAAUUACAUGUAAACCUCAAUUAUCUCAAACUCCUUGAUUGUCUGGACUAGUUCUUUUGUCCCAUUUUAAUUUUAUGAAUAUUGGUAAAUCAGCAUGAAGAUCUGAGGAUGUUUUUGUCUGUUCUAGUUUUAGAAAUUACCUUUGAGUUCCUUUUGUUCCUUUUUUUCCCUUUCAAAGAGAGAAAUUAGCACUCACAUUUUAUACACUCAACAUUUAUCGGAAACCUGAAAUCAAGUUCUUGGGCCAACUUCCCCAACGCUGGGCAAUUCUUCAUUCUAAACAUGAAAAGUAAUUCAAAGAUGAUAUCAGUCUUAAAAAUUCCCUUUAAGAGAGUUCAUGUAAAAUUGUAUAGUGAUCAUAAUGUAACUAGAUUUAAAGAGUGUCUGUACAACUGUAUCCUGGCAGAUAGUAAUGGCUUACAUGGACUUACUGGAAAGACAUAUAAUGACCUUUUGACAAUGCUUUGCAGGUAAUUAUUUUAGUUACUGUUUGUAAUAAUUAUUCAUAUGUUUUUAUUAACCCUUUCAAACAAUCUACAAAUUCAACAAGAAUGACAAAUUUUAGUUUAAUCUUAAAAUACUCGAAAAACAAUGGGGUCAUGUGAAAGCAGUGGUGAAGACUUUUCAUUGCAAUGGUCCUUCAUAGGAUUUAAUCCAAAAACUCUGAGUUAGAAACACAGCAUGAUAAACAGUACCACAGGAAAUUUCAUGUACUGCUCAGAAGCUUUCGUUUGAGUGGUGCACCAAACAAUUUCACCCACAGCUGUGUCAAGAUCUUUUAUCAAAUUCUCCCAACUAUUUUCCUAACUAAAACUGAGAAAUAAAAGUAAAACCUUUGCCCUAUAAAUGGCUAAACCUUCGCAUGGCUUGGAUGAUCAUGUAAAGUAGUGAGAAUCUCCUGUCUCCAGUAGGAGACAUAAAAAGAAUGUCCCCAGUUAGUACUUUUGUGCUAAAGGCAUCGACACUCAAAUAAAGUGCCUUUUUUUCUGCAGAGACCUGAGUGGAACAGAGGCAGAGCCUCUUCAGAAGCGAAUCCUGUGUUAUAACUAUGAAGUAGUUCGAUUUCCAGUGUUCAAAGUCGGAGUUCUAUCAACUUUUAUAUAUCAAGGUUAGCAUAAAAAAAAUUGUCAAACUUAUGAAUAGUUGUGCCAAGGGUUGCCAUAUAGUUUAAUUUGAACCUUUGUACAUCGCUUUUCCUUAGUCUCUUAGUUUCCUAACUUUGACAAAUUGCUUUGGGUGAUAAAAUAAAAAUAAUGAUGUUAUAGCAAUGACCUUUGUCAACAGUAUGGCUGUGUGUGAUGAUAUUUCUAAUGAUGAAACUUUCUCUCGCAGUUUAAAUAAUUGCAUGACAAUUAAUUUAAAGUAGCUCUUUCAGGACAGGUCUCAGAGUCUCCCACACCACAUUUUUUAAAAAAUUAAUUUUAUCUUCAAACAUAGUUUGCCAGUAUUGAGUAAUAACUAUUGUUAGUUUUGUUUGCUAAAUUGUGAAGUUUAGAUUUAGAAAGGUUGAAUUUAUCCCAUGGGUAUAGUGCUGGUGCUAGUAGUAUUUAGUUAACUAUUUACAUAGGUUUUUUCUUAUUUUGAUCGCCAGAUUUUCUCAAGCAAGCUGAGUCACUUUAUAAUGAGCUGGACUUGACUGAUAGAGGUCUGUGGCUGAGAAAAGAUGUUAUUAGAGGGUCCCCAAUGCAUCUUACACCUAUCCCGUAGUCAUGGUGACUGUUGGGGUGCCAUGGACCUAGCAAUCCUUUCCCGUGUCUUUGAUUUUGUUUCCAGCCUCUCUUAGGGUAUCACAAACUUCAACCCUGUCCACUCAGAGAUGUUAUUCUCCCAACACUUCUUUUGUGGGCCCCUUCUUCUCCCUCCUUGCACUGUUCCUUGUAAAAUUGUCUUUGCAAGCCCUGCAGAUCUUGCUACAUAGCCAAACAACAGUCUUUAACUUGGGUUUCUUCACCUGGUUAAGAUGUCAUUAUAGGGCCUGAUGGCUUGCCUGAUAAUCCGUCUCUGACUGCAUGGUGUUUGCUUUCUGUAUGAGGUGCCAAGCAGUGCCAUGCAUUUUUUGAAGGCUAGGAUUCUAUGUUUUAAGGCAAAAUGGUGGUAUGAUUCAGGAUUGAAAGUAUACAUGGGAUACAGUACAGUACAGUUAAAAUCUUCCAGAUGGUAAACUUGUUGCCAUAGGGUUGCACUACACAGUCGACCAGCAAAACUACUCUGAUCUUUUGUAACCCUUUUGGCCUGCUCAAUGGAGACAUUUAAUAAUUUAACGAUAUGUAUCCAAGGUUCCUGUUUGUAUUGAUGCCUAGACUUCGCAAACAGCAUCCUCUAUGUCAAACAUGACCAAUAUAGAUAUUGGCUCCUGAUCACAUUUCUGAGAGAUUCUGGACUCUGAAACUAACCAUCAUGAUUACAGGAUGUUCUUUUUCUCUUGUUUUGGGGAAUUUUUUGAUUAUUAGAAAACCCUCAUCUUUGAGUUCUGUUUGGUUAAACAGGCAAAGCUGAUAAACAUCUCUGUGAUGCAAUAUUGAGCGAGUUAAAACAGGCUGCAGUCAAGACCACUGAUGACCCUAUCAGGCAAGGAUACACUGUAAUUUUGUGUAGUGUAUGUUAAAGGUAGAAUGAAGAGAACCUAACAGGAGAUAACUUGGGAGGCAGUCUCUCCUCGGCUGAUGCCUUUUUGUUUCAUGGGAAGACUAGGAGAGGGUUUGAAUAAAGCUUAUGCAAGGGACAACCAUUGUUCACCAUGUGCAAUAAUUUCUUAAUUACUGAUAUACUGAUACUAAUACUUAAUUACUGAUAUACACUUAAUCAGCCGCUACAGAGGAGAGAGUUCAUGGCAGGUGUUUAGAGGGGAGGUAUAAGUGAACAUAAUAUUCACUUAUACCUCCCCUUUAAACACUUGCCAUGAACUUUGGAUGCGAUAAAGUACAAAGGGCUUAUGAAGGAGGAAUGAAGAAGGAGAUACUUUUGUCUUUCCUUGUGCACUGGUAUUUUCAACUUCCCCCUCCCCUUCAAACACUUACCACACAGGCUAGAAGGGAGAAGACAAUAGGGUCAUAACUCCCCUCCCUCCCUACCCUAAAAAUCUAAACAGGAGGGAAAAAGAAGUUUGGCUGCCAUGGCAUAAAAAGCGGUAGCAAGUCUGAGCAGUGAAUGUAGUGUACAGCAGUUUUCCGUUACGUCAUCCGGGACUUGCAUACGGGUCGAUUCACUGAGUGUUAGGGCAGCCAUGAAUAAACAGUAUUUUUGUUCAGCCUUUGUGGCAGGUCUUCUUAUCUAGGCUACAGUAACAGUGAAGGAAGCAACAAUGUCUACUCUUUAGUAACGAGAACACAAUAGUUUUGAAGAAAUAUGUAGGUGAAUCAAAAGAGAAAAAAGAAGGAAAUAGACUAGUUAAAUAAUGUAAAUUAUCCUGUAAUUUGAGAUGUGUUCCUUGCAGUGUUAUCCAAGUUGGCUCCAUGCUAAGUUCACUAAGAUUGAACAAAAUCAUGGCUGAGGUGCGUAAACACUAACAGUUUUUAUAUAAAAACACUCAGCAGAAUAGAGUGAAGAAGUGUGAUGUCAAAAAAUUGCCAAAAUUCAGCCAGUUCUUGCAAACUGGUGAGGAGAUAUAAGCACCUUAAGGCUCUGAUGGCCCCAUACAAAUCCUUCUAACAUUGGCUUGGAUAGUAACGUUUAUGACCUAGGCCUUUUUAGAAGGGUUACUAGAUAUUAGGGGUGUUUCAAAAUUAUUCCAACAAGAACCGUCGUCAUGUUUAUAGCGGAGAUCCCCCGUGCUCUGAAACACAUUGUUCUGUUUAUCCCAAUUACAAUAGCCUGUGAUGUAUUGGUCAAUUUCAAAAGUGUCCGUUUUGCAAAUAAAAGACUUCAUAGACAGAAUGUUUACAAGUGUUAUUAAUUUAUUCUUAGGCGUUAGUAAAAAGUGGAGGUAGCAAUCAGACAAUGAGUGUUGAGGAGUUUGUGUUAACAGCGGCCGACAUCUUGUUGGAACAGGUUUGUCACUUC